CUUGGCCGUGUUUGCGCAGCGCCAUGAACAUGGCUUUCGUGCAGUGGCAAAGACCUCGGGAAUAAGUUUUUAUUAUCUGUCGUUUAGUGUUGAUUAGGUACCGCGAGCAGGGCGUGCACAGGCCGCUGAGAGACGAAAGAUGCUGCCGUUUCUUCGAAGCACCGGAAUCCUGGUGCCCAUCAUGGUGUCACGUGCGUGCGGGACUUCGGCAGUGCGACUACAGCAUAAAUAUGCUCUGGCGCACGAGAAAGCCUUCAUCAAUGGUAGCUGGCGGCAGUCGAAAAGUGGCGCCACUUUCCCCGUGUUCAAUCCUGCAAAUGGGGAAGUAAUUUGCAAUGUCACUGACUGCUCCUUAGAGGAUGUUGAAGAAGCAGUCCAGGCAGCCGUUAUUGCCUUCAAGUCAUUCAAGGAGACUACAGCAAAGGAGCGGUCAGCAAUGCUACUUAGGUUGUACGAGUUGCAAAACAAGCACGCCGAAGACCUUGCCAAGCUCAUGACUGCUGAAAAUGGCAAACCAAUGGUGGAAUCACGCUCAGAGAUUGUUUACGGGGCCUCCUUUCUCGAGUGGUUCGCUGCAGAAGCCCGGCGCAUGUACGGCGAUUACGUGCCCGCUCCUGUGAAAGGAAGGGAAAUGGUCUUCAUCAAGCAGCCAGUGGGCGUCACAGGCAUCAUCACACCGUGGAACUUCCCCAACGCUAUGAUCACCCGGAAGAUCGGUGCUGCCCUGGCAGCGGGCUGCACCUGCAUCAUCAAGCCCGCACCGGAGACCCCACUCUCAGCGCUAGCCCUGGCCCAGCUGGCCCACGAAGCCGGCUUCCCGCCAGGGACGGUGAAUGUAUUGCCCAGCUCAGAGAAGAACACGCCCGGCGUCGGCCAGGCCCUGUGCGAGCACCACCAGAUCCACGCCCUCUCCUUCACCGGAUCCUCGGCUAUUGGCAAGCUCCUGCUUGCACAAUGUGCUGACAGCGUGAAGAAAGUGUCGCUGGAACUCGGAGGGAAUGCCCCCUUCAUCGUCUUUGACUCUGCCAACCUGGGGAAAGCUGUCAACGGAGCCCUGGCUUGCAAGUUCAGAAACACCGGCCAGACGUGUGUGAGUGCCAACAGAAUUCUGGUUCAAGAGGGCAUCCACGACAAGUUUGUUGCUGCCCUUGCGGAGGCCAUUCCAAAGAGGAUGAAGAUUGGCGAUGGAUUCGAGCCAGACACCACUCUCGGCCCGCUCAUCAACUCUAAGGCAAUUGAAAAGGUUGAGCACCAUGUGGCAGACGCCAUCAAGAAAGGAGGCAAGGUGCUUGUAGGAGGCAAGCGGCAUGCGCUUGGAGGAAACUUCUUUGAACCGACGCUUGUCACCAAUGUUAACAGAAGCAUGUUGGUCUGUGCGGAGGAGACCUUUGGUCCUGUGGCCUCAGUUAUCAAGUUCAAAACUGAAGAGGAAGCCAUAGAGCUUGCAAACUCCACCAGGGUUGGACUUGCAGGCUACUUCUACACAGAGAACAUUGCACAGGGCUGGCGUGUUGCCAAAGCACUCGAAGUGGGCAUGGUUGGUGUCAACGAAGGCAUAAUAUCUUGUGCUGAAGCAGCAUUCGGUGGUGUUAAGGAGUCUGGACUUGGCCGUGAGGGGUCACGCUAUGGGCUCGACGAAUUUACACAUAUCAAAUACAUCUGUUUCGGUGGUUUAGAGUGAACAUGUCACAUUUUGGUUGAGGAUCACACUGUGGCUACUACAUAGGGACCACGUACGAGCCUCCAUAUGUGAAUAUAAGCUAGAGGGCCAAAAGCUCUGCUUCCCCUGUAUUUGUCUAAAUGGUCAGCAUUGUUGCAUUAUAUGGCAAUUAGAAAUUGUACUGUUUGUCUCUGCUCCGCGCUCACUGUGAUGGCCCUUAACAAACCGAGACAGAGUGACAUAUUUAUAUGAGCAUUUCCUUAAUAGAAAUCUGAACAUCAAACAUACAUCAUUGGUUCUGUAUGGUAUGUACUACUGGUAAGUGAAAUGUUAAAUGGAACAUAUAUUCCACCAUUGAUUAUUGCUGAGAUAAGAUGCAAAGGUCCACAGAUAUGUAUACGCUUCCAUUUGAUUGUAUCAGCCACUUCUUUCUGAUAAAGGUGAAGAAAUGUUGCAGUUACAUUGGCUUUAUUGGUUAGGCGUUCUUUUCAACAGUGGACCACAAUACAGAUUAGAUGGAACUGCAGCUAGUUUAGUGGUUAUAACACCAUGAUUGUUCCAUUCAAUUAAUUUGAGCUCAGACACCUCUGCUCAUUCUAUAGAAUUGCUUCCUUCACAAUAUGCCCAUGAGUGUCUAGAAGUAUCACUCUAGAAUUGUACGUAUUGCUUCCAGCAUGAUUACUGUACGUGCUCAUGGAUUUUAAUACUGUCAUAGAGGGUGGAAUUUCUUUCCUGAACUGUCUUCCAUUGCAAUAAAAUUAUUUGUUUUUGACAAAAAAAAAAUCGCCAUUUGUUACCCAGAUAACGCCAGUGGACAUUUUCGAGGUUUAUGUAGAUAUAUGAUUUUGUAACCCCCCUUACACAAUGCCCCAUAGGGCCUGUAAGGUAUUUUAACUAAAUAAAUAAAUAUAUCGAAAA